ACUCUUGAUCAUUAUCAUCAUUCAUAAACUUAAGCCAAUAAACACAUACAAUAUACCCAAAUUUCCGUAGUUCUGGUCUUCUUGUGUCCGAUAACACAAAAUAUUAAUUUAUUUUAGUUUAAAUUACUUUAAAUUUAAACAUACAGAGCAUCAAAACUUAUUACGGAUUAUUGCUCGACAAAUGUCAAACUCGGAGUCAAGAGUGAUGAAUUCUUCUUUAUUAGUUAAAGCUGGUAUUCCUGCUGCAAUUUCUAUUGCAGCAUACAUUUGUUCAAAAAUUGUCUCGAAACGUCUAGAAACUUCAAAUCCAUCUUCAUCCAUCAUUGAUCUUGCAGAACAAGAAUGUUAUAAUACAUACAAUGUUAAUAAUUCAACUUCUUUUGAUGAUUAUCAACAUGAAGGUCAUAAUUGUAGAGGUAAUAACUUGGAAGUGAAGUUACUAGAACUUGAAAUUCUAGUGGAACAUCUUCAAAGAAAAGAAAGGGAUUUGAAGGCAAGGUUUCUUGAGUACCAAGUAAUGAAGCAAAGAGAAUUUAUGUUGAUGGAAAUGAGGAAUAAGUUAAUUUUAGAAAAAACUCGAGCGGAAUUUUUAAUUCAAGAAAUUUAUUUAGUACAAAAUGAGAGUCAGAGAAUGGGAAGUUUUAUUUUGGAGUAUAUCAAAGUUAUUCAAAAACUCGAAGAUUCAAAAAAGGAAAAUGGAUUGCUUGAAAGGAAAGCAAGGAAGUUAUGCAAAAGAGGAAGGCAAAGGCUAAAGAUUAUAAGGGAAAUGAAGUUGAGGAUUGAAGCUAAAGAUGAAAAGAUAUUAAGCAAUGAAGAAGAACUUCAAAGGAAAGAUGAACUUAUUCAAGAAUUGGAAGAUGAAAUUAGUCAAAUGAAAGAGGUUAUUGAUCAUUUGCAAAGAGAAAAAUUAGAGAUUUCUAACAUUGACAUUCAUGAAAAACCAUAUUCCUUAAACCAUAAGAUGCAGGAAGAGACACAAGGAGUGACUAAAGAGGAGCAUGAGAAGGUUCUAAAAGAACUAGAAAAACUCCAGAAAGAUCUAGAAACCAAAGAAAAUGAAGUAACAUACUUAAAAUGGAGUAAUGCAUGUUUAAGGCAUGAAUUAUUAAGGUUCCAUCAACAAAACAAAGAAGAAAACGAUGAACAUAUUGAAUCUGCUGCGUGUGAUUGUAACACAACAGGAACAAGUUCAUCAGAUCAUCAACAAUUCUCUGUUUGUUUGUGCACUAACAAUAAUAUUCAACAUCCAUCAAGGAGAAGAAGGUUUAUUCAAAAAGUUAAAAAAUGGGUUGAAGGAGGAAAAAUGGAUGAUAUUAAAGAUAAAGAAACUCAUCUAGAAGCAGAUAUUUUAUUUGUUCAUCCUAGGAACUCUUAUUCUAGUGUUUAAUCUUUUAUUAAUUAUACAAUAUCUAAUUAUUUGUUAUGUAUUGUCUUAAACUUAUAUGUUAAUUGAAUAAGUUAUUUUACCAAAUAUUAUUUUAAUAAGCUUUUUUGUCAGCUAAUUAGG